GACAUUUGCGUAGUAACGGAACGUGAUUGUAACCGACCAAUCACAAGCAUUGCCCCUUCCGCUCGCCAGCAGCGCCGCUAGCGACCUAAACUAAAACUAAAGCGAAAUAACUCCAUCUUGUCUGACAGAUUUGUGUGUUUAUUGUGAAUAUUUCGUAUAUCUUUAGCAAAUGUACCUAUUUACUAAUAAUUACUAUUAUAUUGAAUGCGUAAACUAUCUGGAAUUCCGUUAUACAUUAAAUAAUACAAACAUUUAACGGGAGUGUCGUAAUUCGGAGUGAAUCUAGCAGUGACGAAGUGUCCAUCUCAUUGACUGGUAUAUAGUUACUUAUUUUUGUGAUAAGCGGAGCGCGCGGGGCCUGCGGACGGCUUUUGUCAACGCGAGGCGUGCCUGAGCGGCCGCGUGACGCACGUGGUGCGCGACAGCGGCGCCGGCGCCGCGCCCCCGCGAUGGCGCCGUGACUCCGCCCGCACGCGCGCCGAUGCCAUGCUCGACCGCGUCCGCCACGCGCCCACACCACACAACUACGUGCUGCUCUCGGUUGAGAAGGCGAUAGCUCUAUUGGAUAAACUGUAUGACACGUUCUUCGCGGCCCCGCGUAAAUCGAAUGUCAGGCUCUUCACAAAACAUUAUAUCAAGAUUGAAUUUUUGGACAAACAGUGCAGGCCUCUGUAUAAAGAGUUUGACGCGUGGCCCGAGUUCUCAUUAGAACCUAACCCGGAGAGGAAAGAUAAGAAGGACCCCAUUAUAAACCAAGGAGUCACGGUCAAUAACAACUACCAAAAUAUAAUUGGACAGAAUCGCGAAAUGACACGGAAGAACAAUCGUCCGCGAAUAAAAGAGAAAGAGGAUAAGGAGCCCGGGGGCGGGGGCGGGUACUGCUCGGCGUGCGGCGCCGUGUUCGCGGACCUGGCCGCGCACUCGCGCUCGCCGCGCCACGCCGCCUUCGCGCGCGACACCAGCAACUUCCUCGCGCUCGACUCCCUCAUCGGCGCCUCCUUCCCCGUCAACGGCGAGCGCCGCUCCCUGCGCCACGUGUGCAACGGCGACCCGGACCCGCGCCGCAACGGCGCCCUAGACGACGAACCCCGCCGCACGCGCUGCAGGAAAACCGACGGCCGGGAGGACCGCCAGUAUUACAAGGUCGUCGGGGUCAGCACGAAGCUCCGCUCGAGCGGGGGCUUCGUCGCCAAACGGAAGGACUCGUCCCCGACGUGCAACGGGGCGAAACCGCUCGUGGUCAAGUUCAGAAAAGUGCGGCGCUCCGAGCUGUCGGUGCUCAGUGAUGAGGCGGAGCAGUUCAUGUUUCCGAAGCGCGCCAGCUCGACCAGCUCCACUUCCUCGGAUGACGAUGAUGAUGAUGAUGAAAAAAAGGAGUCUCCGCGGCGAAAGACGCCGACGCUCGAACGGCGACGUCAGGCGCGUCCGACCGCAUUAAAAGAGGAGUCGUCCGAAGAAGACAGCUGGUUAGAUGACAAGCGGCGGCGGAAGCGGCGAGUGGUCCCCGUCGCGAGGAGAACGCGGCGAGCGCCCUGUAAACCUCCCACGCCCGAGCCCGAACCGCCGCCCGAAAUAGAACUACCGGUAGAAAAGGAACCGGUUCCGGACCCUGAGCCCGAAGUGAGUCCGCUCCGGGAGGAGCCGGUCGAGAAAUGUAUGAAGUGGGAAGACGGCCGGCUCAAGUACACGCCGGCGGUGGAACAGUUGGAGUUCGCGUUCGAGAGCGUGCCGCGGAGCGAGCCCUGGUUCGAGACCUUCACGCGGCAGGACCACGACCAGGUCUCGGUCAGAAACGUGCCACGGUGUUUCGCAUUGUACUCCAAGUCGCCAAAGCUGCCAUACGAGAUCGGUCAGCUGCCGCCGCUGAAGCCGGACUGCUGCCCGCUCAGCGCCCUGCCCGCGCCGGCCGCCGCGCGCGAGCCGCGCGCCGAGCGCUACGGCACGAGAGGCCUCAAGACCCGCAAGCUGCACAAGCGGGUCGCCGCCGUCGCCGCGCAGGGCUCCCGGCCGAGGAAGUCCCCCCGCGAGCACGCGAGCACGCUCGCCAUGCUCGGCUCGGCCGGCCUGCACCGCCGCGGCCCCGACGACUCCAAGUCCACCGCCUCCGAGGACACCGUCAGCGACGCGCUCAGCGCCAAGCCGGAGCCUUCCGAGGCCCACGAGCGGCUCCGGAGGUUCCUCUCCGAGGUGUUCGACGACGCAGCCGAGUACGAGUUGGACGAGGUGCAGGGCGGAGGCCUGCCCGCCGCCGCGGCGCCGCCCGACGUGCUCGGGCUCGUGUCCGAGUGCGACGGCUGCGACAUCAUCCGCCGCGAGUUGGCCGAGCGGCGCCGCGCCCGCCGCCGCACGCGCUUCAAGAACAGGACCGGCUGGCCCACCAAGAGGAAGCCGAAGAAGGGCUCGCGCACCGACAGCGAGAAAACCGAGAGCAGCCUCGACCGGUCGUCCGUCGCGUCCGGGGACACCUGCGACGAGGACGACCCGUCCGAGGUCGAGGGGACGGUCCCGCCGAAGGUCGAGGACGAGCGGGAGGCGACGGCCGGCGAGCCGCUGCGGCUCGACGUGAAAGUGCUCCUCGAGGACGAGAAAAAAGCGGAGAGAGUGGCCAAAAGAGGGUCGGCGCGCUCGUCCGAGGAGGAGGAGGAGCGAGGGAGAAAGAGGAGGCGCGCGCUGAGCAACCUGGCCGGCACGUGGCUGCAGCCCGUCGUGCGCGUGGCGCGCGUGGACGCGGCGGCGCGGCGGCUGCGCUCCGCCGCCAAGCCGCGCGCCAGCCGCACCCGGUAG